AUGGUUCUAAUUGGAGUGGAUCAUAGUUCCUAUUAUUUUUUGGAAGCAUAUCGUCCUGUUAGAAAAGGGGAUCUUUUCCUUGUCAGGGGUGGGAUGAGGAGUGUUGAGUUUAAGGUUAUAGAAACUGAUCCUGCAGAGUACUGCAUUGUUGCUCCUGAUACAGAGAUUUUCUGUGAGGGGGAGCUGGUAAAAAGAGAAGACGAGGACAUGCUUGAUGAGGUAGGUUAUGAUGAUGUUGGAGGAGUUAGGAAACAAAUGGCUCAGAUAAGGGAGCUAGUAGAGCUUCCUCUAAGACAUCCUCAACUAUUUAAAUCUAUUGGUGUCAAGCCGCCAAAAGGUAUUUUGUUGUAUGGUCCACCUGGUUCAGGUAAGACAUUAAUAGCUAGAGGAGUCGCAAAUGAGACAGGAGCUUUUUUCUUUUGCAUCAAUGGUCCAGAGAUCAUGUCAAAGCUAGCCAGUGAGAGUGAGAGUAAUUUGAGGAAGGCUUUUGAGGAAGCAGAGAAAAAUGCACCCUCAAUUAUCUUCAUUGAUGAGAUUGAUUCCAUUGCUCCUAAGAGAGAGAACACUCAUGGGGAAGUUGAAAGGCGCAUAGUGUCUCAACUGUUGACACUGAUGGAUGGGUUGAAGUCUCGUGCGCAUGUAAUUGUCAUUGGGGCUACGAACAUGCCAAACACUAUCGAUCCAGCUCUUAGACGAUUCGGUAGGUUUGACAGAGAAAUUGGCAUUGGUGUUCCUGAUGAGGUUGGCCGAUUGGAGGUUCUUCGCAUCCAUACUAAGAACAUGAAGCUAUCUGAUGAAGCAUGUGAACAUUACCAAUUGCUGUUGAUUUGGAAAGGAUUGCUACGGAUACUCAUGGCUAUGUUGGGCCUGACCUUGCUGCUUUAUGCACUGAAGCUGCUCUCAGUACUGCUUUGGGAUCUAGUAACCUAUCUGCCCUUCGUGAAACUGAAAGUCUUUGCUUUGGUUGUUGAAGUACCAAAUGUCAGCUGGGAUGAUAUUGGUGGGCUGGAAAAUGUCAAGAGGGAUCUGCAAGAGGUAGUUUGCUAG